GGGGACUCAGCCCUGGCUGGUGGGGGCGGAGGGAGGGAGGGGGGAAUCCACGCGUGUUCGCGUCUCCUGCGUGGAAAGGGUUUUUCUGCCUUUCCUCCAGCGUUUGCCUUGCGGGGAUGCGGGCACGUGGGCAGCCCUGAGCCUGGCUGCUGCUUUCACCCUUUGCGUGGGAGCUCGUCCUGCGUGGGAGCUGGUCCCGCGUGGGAGCAUGUGUUCCAGAGUGGGCACUAAGUGGGGUUGGAACCCCUUCGGAAGGAUGGAUCUCUCUUUUCUUCUCCCACGGCCUCCCCACCCACUCGUGUCGCUGUGGAAAGGAGCCUCUUUUGUUUUCCCCAAUUGAAUAAGCCUUGGAAAAAGGGGGAAAAAACUCCUAUAUAUAUAUAUUCCCGCUUUCCUUCCUGUGGAUCCAAGCUGGAGCAUUAUGGAGCUGGAGAACAUUGUGGCCAACACGGUUUUGCUGAAAGCCAGGGAAGGAGGCGGAGGGAAGCGGAAAGGAAGGAGUAAGAAAUGGAGAGAGAUCCUCAAAUUCCCGCACAUCAGCCAGUGCGACGACCUUCGAAAAAGCAUUGAACGGGACUACAACAGCCUCUGCGACAAGCAGCCCAUUGGCCGACUGCUCUUCCGUCAGUUCUGCGAGACCCGGCUAGAACUCCUGCGGUGCAUCCACUUCCUGGACGCUGUGGCAGAAUAUGAACUUUCCCCGGAUGAGAAGCGCAAAGAGAUGGGAGAAGGCAUUAUCCGUCAGUUCUUCAAGCCUGGGUCCUUGGGCUACAUGGCAGAGAUCAGCCAAUCCCUCAUGACUUCCUGCAUGGAGAACCUACAGAGAAGCCCUUGCAAAGACCUCUUCAGCAGUUGCGUGCAGCGCUUGCAUGAAUACCUGAGCGGAGCCCCAUUCACGAACUAUCAAGACAGCAUGUAUUUUGACAGAUUCCUUCAGUGGAAAUGUCUGGAAAGACAAUCAGUGACCAAAGACACCUUCAGGCAAUACCGCAUUCUUGGCAAAGGAGGUUUCGGAGAGGUUUGCGCAUGCCAGGUGCGAGCCACAGGGAAGAUGUAUGCCUGCAAGAAACUGGAGAAGAAGCGCAUCAAGAAGCGGAAAGGGGAGGCCAUGGCACUGAAUGAGAAGCAGAUCCUGGAGAAAGUCAACAGCCGAUUCGUGGUCAGCUUGGCUUAUGCCUAUGAGACGAAGGAUGCUCUCUGUCUGGUCCUCACCAUCAUGAACGGAGGUGACUUGAAGUUCCACAUUUACAACAUGGGCAACUCCGGCUUUGACAACGAACGGGUCACCUUUUAUGCUGCAGAGAUCUGCUGUGGGCUGGAGCAUUUGCACCGGGAGGGCAUUGUGUACAGGGACUUGAAGCCUGAGAACAUUCUUCUGGAUGAUGAUGGUCACAUCCGAAUCUCAGAUUUGGGGCUGGCCAUCAAGAUUGCAGAAGGGGACACCAUCCGUGGGCGUGUCGGAACAGUAGGCUAUAUGGCUCCGGAGGUGAUUAACAACGAGCGAUACUCCUUCAGCCCCGACUGGUGGGGACUGGGCUGCCUCAUCUACGAGAUGAUUGAGGGCCAGUCCCCUUUCCGAGCCCGGAAGGAGCGGGUGAAGAGGGAGGAAGUGGAGAAGCGCGUUCAGGAGGAGCAGGAACAAUAUUCAGACAAGUUCUCAGAAGACACCAAGGCCAUCUGCAAGGCGCUCCUGACCAAAGAUCCUAAACAGCGACUGGGAAGCAAAGGAGAUGGUGCUGUCCAAGUGAAGCUACACUCGUUCUUCAAGAACAUCAACUUCAAGCGUCUGGAAGCUGGCAUCAUGAAACCUACAUUUGUACCUGAUCCCCGGGCCGUAUAUUGCAAAGAUGUGCUGGACAUUGAACAGUUCUCCACUGUGAAGGGUGUCAACUUGGACCAAACUGACAACGACUUCUAUGCCAAAUUUGCAACAGGCAGUGUUCCCAUCCCGUGGCAGAACGAGAUGAUUGAGACUGAAUGCUUUAAAGAUCUCAAUGUUUUUGGACCAAAUGGCACCCGAUCCCCAGACCUGGACUGGAAGCAGCUUCCGGACCCCCCCAAGCGCAGCCUUCUCCAGAGGCUUUUCCGACGUAACCCAAGCGACUUUGCCAUCAGCACCAACGCACACUCCAACCUGCCGGCGGCUCCCUCACCGGCUCGGCCCACGGCACAGGCUCCCUCCUGACCCUGCUUCUCUUUACCUGGAGGUCCCCUGGAGCUACCACUGGUCUUUUGCCUUUUCGGGGUUGCCUUAGACCCGUUGCGGGAACAGAGAUGCAACUGUCUUGUGAGAGGCUUUGCUACCAGCGAGGAAAUCAGCAGUGCGGACACAGCCUUUGGUUCUUUGGGUUGGCCAGGGAAUCGGGAGGAAAUCAGCGGUGCGGACACAACCUUUUGUUCUUUGGGAUGGCCAGGGACUCGGGAGUCCAGACACUUCCUGGUGCUGACACGGAUCAUGGGUGCCACUCGGACCCUCAAUGGGCUUGGUUUCCUUGGAGCUCUUCCUGUCGCUCUUUGUGAAAAUCUCCCUUCUGUUUUUAUUUCCCCUGCACUUUGACCACACAGAGAACCUCCACUCCUUCACGCAGCCCAGACUUAGACGGAGAACUUUGUCUUCUUCCUUGGAGGAGACCAGAAGAUGGUCACUGAUGGUCAAAAAUGGCAUUGAGGAGUGGCGCAACGAGACAUGGGUUGAGUCAGAAUGGCACCUUGGUGACUGAAGUUGCUGGACGGAGCUCGAGUGCCAUAUGAUCACACUUAUAAAUGUCCGCAUGCAUGCACACAGAGUUGUGCAUAUUAAAUUAUCUCCUGAUGGAUCGUUCAGGGUUUUUUCCCCCCAGGAACCCCCCUCCUUAUAGUCUCAGAACAAUUGUACAGCCAGGGCCCUGUGGGUCAAAGCAAUGAAGGGCCUGAGGGCUAUUCCAAGAGGACCAAGCUGGGCAGAAAGAGCUCCCGCGCUUCCCUUUAAAGCCUUACGGAUGGAUGCAUUUAGAAGCAAAAUGACCGGAUUUGCAGCUCCCAGACUCAUGGCCGGAUUGGAACACAGUUCACGCCAAGAUUUGGCCCCUUUUCUGGAUUUUGCAGUGUGGGUUCUCAGCUUUAAAUGGACCAAAAGUACAUAUGAGUUGCGUAUUUUGUGAUAAAAGACCUAUAAGAUGCAUACAAAUUCAGCAGUGAUUUUUUUAAAAUAAAAAAUAAACAAACCUCACAGAUUAUUGUGGGGAAAACCA